AGUCUCUCAUUUCACUUCCGACCGUGAACACCUGUUGCGAUUGAAAUCGCAGCCGUGUCGCGAUUGAUUCUUUUUCAAUUUUCCCGCAUCUAGAUUUUUGCACACAAACUCCACGGAUUGUGCUUAUUUAUUUUGUGUGUGAGUGUGACUAGAGGAAUUUCUACCAGACAUGAUAGGUUUUUAUUUUUGUGCAAAUCUGUGAAUGAUCUUUGUGAGAUUUCGUUGAUUGAAAACUAUUUUAAUCGCAAAGAGAUUUUCUCCGCAAUUUUCCCAUCAAAAGACAAGUGAUUGAGUUUUGUGUGCCUUUUUCUAGAAAAUUUCUCUCUGGAGAAUGUGGUAAAUUCUACCAAAUGGUUCUUUUUUUCUCUCAAUUUUGAAAGAAGUGAAACAGUGAAUACGGGAGAGUUUUGAAGUUGAUUCUUGUUUAACAUUCGAGCCACAAGACAAAUACCCCAGGAGGGAAUACAUAAGGAAAAAAAAGAGGUGCAAACUAGAAUCAAGCGAAUAGCAUUCAAUUGGAUCAUAUAUAUUCACAUUGGAUAUUUUAUAUCGCCUUCUUCGGAGUCUCUUUCUUGUCUGAGAUAUUUUUCGUAUAUAAAACACCAACAGCAAUAACGGAGACCAAUGCAACAAGCAUGCGUUUGUUCAAGGCUCGCAGAUCGAGCGACAAUCUCGCCACGACAGUAAUUAUCGAGCCAGCAAUCCCAUCGGCCACUCAGUCCGCAUCCCUGGCCAAGGAUGCCGCGACUGGAGUUGCUGAGGAGUGCAGUAACUACCGCCAUAAUUCACCACUGGCGCCCGAGACGACAAAUGACUGUACGGCUACCACGAGUGCCACCAUCAAUUCUCCACCUGCUGGCGUCGCUUUGCCAAAGUCACCGCCACCUGACACCCAUCCCGACAAGAGCACCACUGUCACGCUAAUUGGACAAAAUGGUCGAUUGCCUGGCUACAAAGUUGUGACGGCAGUUCCAGCUGUUGUGCUCGAAGAUACAGAAUCAGCACCAGCAACACCGAUAUCAUCAUCACCAUCGGUCAAAGAGUCCAAAAACAUGUUCACAUGGGGUCGCAAAAUGGGCAAGAAAUUCGAUCUUUUGCGUCGAAGUGACUCCACAAAGACUUCCUCCAGCACCUCAUCCACCACCCAAUACUCAGCAGACACGCUGCGAAAGCACCGAUCGACGCUGGCGUGUAUGCAGUCACCAGGAACGCCAGAACGUCUCAUGAAGCCACACAGAGAUCGAUCACCCAGCCCCUUCAAGACCACCUUCACCUUCUUCCGCAUCGGCAGCACCGGUAUGGGAAUGCUGAAUGGCGGGCGGAAGUCUUCUGGAGACACGCCACGGCCUGGAGUACAGCUGUACCGCAGCAGUUCCACCAGCCAGCUCAACACAUGCUCCUACGUUAAGUGCGACGAUCCCACGGAUGGAGUCAAUCUUGCCAGCAGAAGCAACAUUGCGCCUCGAAACACAGAAAAAUCCUCAAGUUGCGAUGAUAUCGCUAAAGUAGCCAGUGAGACGCAGAAUUCCCUACAUCAACCUCCCAAGAGGGCACACUUCCCCUAUGCCUUCCUCCGUUCAAAACUAUCAGUUCUUCCUGAAGAAAAUGGCGGAUCUGUGGUCAAUCAGACGAGAAUGCGAGAAAAAUUACUAAACACACGACCUCACUCUACGGGAGUCCCACUAGAUAUCACCACAGAAUCACAGGAUAUCUCCCGGAUCUCUGACACUUCCUCAGUACUCAGUGAGAGCCCCAAGAGUCGCGUGGUGAGCAUCUCCCGGAAGAGUUCAAUCAAUCAAAAUUCCGACGCUGAUUCUGCUCUAUCGCAGAGCAACAUCUCAAGACACAACAGCACAGCAUCCACAGAUUGGGGCCCAGGUGUCUACCAACGCCUCUCGAGCUGUCUCAGUUCAAAUGAGUCUGGUUACGAUAGCGACGGAAGGCAUGCUGAGGAGAAUCACAGCCCCAAGUCAGACAGUCAAGUAAAUCUGUCCAAAUGUUCAGAUCCCUACAUCGAGGCCAUUCGAAGUCAGGAUCAACAAUCACCCACGCGACAGACCAACCCUGAAUGCCUUUCCGGCGUCCGUAGGAGAUUCCGACAGAUUCGUCUGGAGAAGAGCACAGCAGUGGAAACUAUUGGCCUGCUACUCACACCACAGACAUGUGUAGAAGACAAUGAAGUGGAAAUGAGAUACAUUAUUGCUGAAAUUGACCCAAGUGGCGUCGCGCACAGAGAUGGACGCCUCCGCGUCGGUGAUGAGAUUGUCAAUGUAAAUGGUCAUCAUUUACGUGGCCUCCAAUCGCCAAGCACCGUGCAGCGGAUUCUGACCUUUGUGGACAACUGCGUAGACCUCGUCAUCGCGCAUGACGAGCUAACUACCCUGGGAAGUACCUUCAGCAGUACAAAGAUUCGCAUUGGCGACGAUCAAGCCGCCAGAGAGCCAGACACCCACCUCAUGGGCACCAAGCGUCUCUCGUGCAGUGAUCUGGAUCAGUUGGUGUUGCGGACGAAUGAUCCCACCUCGCAGCGUAAGGCUCUGCUGUCGCCAAUGAGAACCUUGACGAGGCAUCCUCGGACCCCUAAACCCUUUCCCCUCACACCCCUCUACAAUCCAACGGAGUACGUUCCCGUCUAUGCCAAUCGCAUAACCAUCACCAACACCAUCAGCGACGACGAUAAGUGGCACAUGAAGAAGCGACCCUCCGACACCACCUCACCUUCAUCCACACAGUUGUCCCCCUAUUCAAUAUCCAGCACUUCCACUUCCCCUCCCACGCGCUGCAGUCCAACGAUUGCAGUAAGUGACGCCGAAGAGGACGAAGAAAACUACAAAUCCAUCAUUCCCAUUCCGCCAAAUUUCUCACUCACGAAACGAGCCCAUUCCCUACCCGAUCCUGACACCCUUCGACCACCACAAAGCACCAGCCAAAGUGGUCCCACGACCCCAGAAACCUCAGAAGACACUCCACAACGCACUAGACCCAGCUAUCGAUCCAUCAAGUUCAAGAAGAAAGCCUCAACUGAGGCAGAACCGAAGUCCUUCAAGAGUGAAGCCACGUUACAACUUGUGGUGCCUCCGGAAGCGCAUGCUAAUGCCUUCAGAAUACAGAGAUCGCACACUGACGGCAACCUACCCGAUCAGCCACCUCCGGAGGAAACGAAUCUCGAAAAGUGUGCUCAGAAGCAUGCCAGUUCGCAUAAGGAUACGACACUUUCAGGUGGAAAAGACGGUGCCCAGAAGAAUUCUCAACUCACGAUAAAAUUCUACAAGGGAACUGGCAUGAAGUCACUGGGAUUCAGCAUUGUUGGCGGGAAAGACUCCCCGAAGGGCAACAUGGGAAUCUUCGUGAAAACUGUCUUCCCAAGUGGACAGGCGGCAGAUGAUGGAAAAUUGCAAGCGGGAGAUGAAAUUCUCAAGAUCAACAACACCUAUGUUCACGGUAUGAGUCAUUCGGAUACAAUAGCACUCUUCAAGAACGUCCGCGAGGGAGCGAUUGUACUUAAAGUGGCCAGGAGGAAGCACCAGCGUGCAAAAUCACUCGACAGCAUGCAGAGUUCAUGAUAGACGCUGAGCUAAAAACUGCCCUCCAGUUUGACGUAAGAUCCACUCACAAAAAAGUGAAUUAGCGUAAAAAUUAAGUGGUUUAUUUAAAAAGGUUUAACUUUAAAACUGAGUUGUUAACUUAAGAUGUAGGAAAGAAAGCUCAAUCUGUGUUUAAGUGUAUAAAAUGUUUGUGUGUAUAUUUUUCACGAACAAUUCAUUUGUGAAUUGAAAUGCUCCUCUCUAGUCACCAAUUAUUUGUUGAAUGCAAAAGAGUUUUAAAAUAAAUAUUUCUCUAUCCAAAA